AACCUGAACUGUACCAAAGGAGAUGUAUCUGACUGCAGACAGUGGUAAAAUAAAUGUUUACAGAAUACACGUUGGAAAAAUCUGCAAGCAUAACCGUUUGGGAGCUAACUUAGUUGGAUAUUAUUUCUUUCCAGUGAAAUGCUGUCAAAAACGUUGUUCCAGACAGUAAUACGCAUAGAUAUGUAAUACGUAAUUGUUUACAAAAAAGCUCGCACUUCCGCUUCAGACGCGUUGCCACGGAGACGCCAGCGCGUCGCAACACUAGCGCCUGAGGAGAAAAUGCCUCUUCUUUUAAUCUCUUCAACAACGACUGAAAGAAGCAAAAAAACGAUAUAAAGAUUUCAAUGUCAUCUGGAGACAGGAUGCAUGUGAUCAGACCCAAGUCUUCUAAGGGGCGCAGCAGACCCAUGAUGGCUCAAACUUCGAGUGUGGAUCCACCUUCUCGGCCCUCGUCUCUUUCACCCCAACCUCCAGCUGCCAAGGCCAAUGACAGGUCAAACCAGAGCCUUCGAUCCCGAGCCAUUCAGAGAUGCAGCAGUCAAACAAGUACAGACGUACUCACCGACAGACUCCCGGAUGAGCCUUUCUCACUCAACAAAUACAGAGUUCUGCCAUCCAUAGAGAAAAAAACAGCUAACGUUACUGACCGGAAGUUCAGUCAAGGUAACAGCCACAUGACAUGUCAACACACGUCACAUGUCCACACAAAAGCCCGGCAGGAUGUGGUGUCAGAGGGGUCAGGAAGUGAGACAGAGGACUCAGGCCUGCUGCUUGCAAUCAGAACUCCUUGCGGUCAGAGAUUCAAGUGCAAUUUCCGGCCAACAGACCAGCUCCGGGGGGUCCUAUCAGCCGCAGAGGAGGAGUUCGGGGAGAGGUUUGACAACUGUGUGAUUGAGACUAUGGAUGUACCACGCAGGACUUUUACAAACCUUACAAUGAGCUUGGCUCAAUGUGGUGUCCUAAACAAAUCGGUUUUAUGCAUUUCCCAAGAAGACACAGAUUUAACUUGAAACAUUAAUGCAGGGCAACUUUCUAUGGACACUCAAAUAGCACACAAAAACAGUAGCACCUCAUUGCAGUACAGAAGAUCUAGGGGGCGGAGUCGGAUC